UUGAUUUUAUUUUUUCUCCCUAAUACAGAAACUCCACCAUGAGACGAGGUGGAUGGAGGAGGCGAGCUGAAAAUGAUGGCUGGGGAAAAUGGGGUGGAUAUAUGGCUGCCAAGGUCCAGAAAUUGGAGGAACAGUUUCGAUCAGAUGCUGAAAUGCAGAAGGAUGGAACUUCAUCUACAAUUUUUAGUGGAGUUGCCAUCUAUGUUAAUGGAUAUACAGACCCUUCUGCUGAGGAAUUGAGAAAGCUAAUGAUGUUGCAUGGAGGACAGUACCAUGUGUAUUAUUCCAGGUCCAAAACAACACACAUUAUUGCCACAAAUCUUCCUACUGCCAAAAUAAAAGAAUUGAAGGGGGAAAAAGUAAUUCGGCCAGAAUGGAUUGUGGAAAGCAUCAAAGCUGGACGACUCCUGUCCUACAUUCCCUAUCAGCUGUACAGCAAGCAGUCCACUGUGCAGAAAAGUCUCAACUUCAAUCCUGUAUGCAAACCUGAGGACCCGGUGCCUGGUCCAAGCAAUGGAGCCAAACAGCUUAACAACAGGGUAAAUCACGUAAUUAAGGAGCUUGAGACAGAAAAAGAAAUCAAAGCCAAUGGAAUGAACAGUUGGAAUGAAGAAGAUGCAAGUAGUGAUUUUAGUUUUGCGGAGCUGGAGCAGAUCUUUCCAGAAAGGAAACAAAACGGGAUUCCGCCUCACAGAGACAGCCCUGCCAUUUUCAAUGGCCACACUCAUAGCUCUAAUGGUGCCUUAAAGAUACAGGAUUGCUGGGUGCCUGUAGGCAACAGUGUUGCCAGCAGGCUUUCUCCAGACUCUACCCAGAGGGAAGAGAAGGCUGAGAAUAGCAGCACCGACUUCAGAGACUGCAGUGUGCAGCUGUCGCAACAAAGCACCAGGAACACAGAUGCCGUGCGGAAUCCACACAGAACUAAUUCCUUCUCAUUAACAUCUUUGCACAGUAACACUAAAAUAAAUGGUGCGCACUACUCCACUCUUCAGGGGCCUUCAAGCACAAAAAGCACUUCAGGACCUACUCUUAGCAAGGCAGCGCCUUCAGUGCCAUCCAGACCCUCAGACUGCAGUUUUAUUUCAGACUUCUAUUCUCGUUCAAGACUGCAUCACAUAUCAACGUGGAAGUGUGAAUUAACUGAGUUUGUCAAUACCCUACAAAGACAAAGUAAUGGUAUCUUCCCAGGAAGGGAAAAGUUAAAAAAAAUGAAAACAGGCAGGUCUGCCCUUGUUGUAACUGACACAGGAAAUAUGUCAGUAUUGAGUUCACCCAGACAUCAGAGCUGUAUAAUGCAUGUUGAUAUGGAUUGCUUCUUUGUAUCAGUGGGUAUACGAAAUAGGCCAGAUCUCAAAGGAAAACCCGUGGCUGUUACAAGUAACAGAGGCACAGGAAGGGCACCUCUACGUCCUGGAGCUAACCCCCAGUUGGAGUGGCAGUAUUACCAGAAUAAAAUCCUGAAAGGCAAAGCAGCAGAUAUACCAGAUUCAUCACUGUGGGAGAAUCAAGAUUCUGUGCAUACUAAUGGAAUUGACUCUGUUUUGUCGAAGGCUGAAAUUGCAUCUUGCAGUUAUGAAGCCAGACAAGUUGGUAUUAAGAAUGGAAUGUUUUUUGGGUACGCUAAACAACUUUGUCCUAAUCUUCAAGCUGUUCCAUAUGAUUUUCAUGCAUAUAAGGAAGUUGCACGCACGAUGUAUGAGACAUUGGCAAGCUAUACACACAACAUCGAAGCAGUCAGCUGUGAUGAAGCGCUGGUGGACAUCACUGAAAUCCUUGCGGAGACCAAGCUUACUCCUGAUGAAUUUGCAAGUGCUGUCCGCAUGGAAAUCAAAGACCAGACUCACUGUGCUGCCUCUGUUGGGAUUGGUUCUAAUAUUCUCCUGGCUAGAAUGGCAACUAGAAAAGCAAAGCCAGACGGCCAGUACCACUUAAAGCCGGAAGAAGUCGAUGAUUUCAUCAGAGGUCAGCUAGUUACUAACCUACCAGGAGUGGGACGGUCCAUGGAGGCCAAACUGGCAUCUUUGGGAAUCAAGACUUGUGGAGACCUGCAAUACAUGACCAUGGCAAGACUCCAAAGGGAAUUUGGUCCCAAGACAGGGCAGAUGCUGUACAGGUUCUGCCGAGGUUUGGAUGACAGACCAGUUCGAACCGAAAAGGAAAGAAAAUCGAUUUCAGCUGAGAUCAACUAUGGAAUAAGGUUUACCCAGCCCAAAGAAGCAGAAGCUUUCCUUCUGAGUCUUUCAGAGGAAAUUCAAAGACGGCUUGAAGCUGCUGGCAUGAAGGGUAAACGCCUGACUCUCAAAAUAAUGGUACGGAAGCCAGGGGCCCCUGUAGAAACUGCAAAAUUUGGAGGCCAUGGGAUUUGUGAUCACAUCGCCAGGACGGUGACUCUCGACCAGGCAACGGACAGUGCAAAAGUAAUUGGAAAGGCCACACUGAACAUGUUCCACACAUUGAAGCUAAACAUAUCGGACAUGAGAGGGGUUGGGAUUCAAGUGAACCAGUUGGUUCCUGCUCACCCGAGACUUCACGCCUGUCCCAGGCAUGUGCCAGCUCAGCCAGAUCCCGGUGGCUCCCACUCUGUCCUGGACCUCCUCCAGGUUCAGAAAGCAAAGACAUCCUCAGAAGAAGAGCACCAGGAAGUAUUCCUGGCUGCCAUGGAUCUGGAAAUCUCAUCUGCCUCUAGAACUUGCACGGUCCUGCCAUCUCUCGCUACACAUCUGGCAUCUGCUGUCAGCCCUGUUACGAGCAAAGCCGAGCCUUCGGGGAAAUGGAAUGGUCUACAUUCUCCCAUCAGCUUAAAAUCAAAACUGAACCUGAGUAUAGAGGUCCCAUCACCUUCCCAGCUCGAUCAGUCUGUUUUAGAAGCACUCCCGCCUGAUCUCCGGGAACAAAUAGAGCAAGUUUGUGCUGUUCAGCAAGGGGAGCAGCAUGGUGACAAAAAGAACGAACCAGUAAAUGGCUGUAAUACAGGAAUCGUGCCACAACCAGUGGGGACAGUUUUAUUACAAAUACCAGAACCUCAAGCAUCUAACAGUGACAUGGGAAUCAACCUAAUAGCCCUUCCAGCAUUCUCACAGGUGGACCCUGAGGUGUUUGCUGCCCUUCCUGCCGAGCUUCAGAAGGAGCUGAAAGCAGCUUAUGAGCAGAGGCAGAGGCAGGGGGAGAGCAGCGCGCACCAGCAGGCAGCCAGCGCCGCAGUGCCAAAGAAUCCGUUACUUCAGCUGAAACCAGCCUCAGUGAAAGAAAAGAAACGAAACAAGAAGAAAAAUCCCAUCAGUUCCCCCAAAAAGGUUCAGAGCCCUUUGAAAAACAAGCUGCUCAACAGUCCCGUAAAAGCUGCGCCGGGGGCCAGCGGGAGUCCCCAGAAGUUAAUCGAAGGGUUUCUGAAACAAGAAGGUCCUGCCCCUGGAAAACCGCUGGGAGAACUCUCUGCUUCUACUUCAGGUGUGCAGCCUUCCCCAUCUGGCUGUGUCAGACCCCCAGCACCCAACCUUGCCGGAGCCGUCGAGUUCAGUGACGUGAAGACACUGCUCAAGGAGUGGAUCACCACCAUUUCAGAUCCAAUGGAAGAAGACAUUCUGCAAGUUGUGAAAUACUGCACUGACCUGAUAGAGGAGAAAGACUUGGAGAAACUGGACCUCGUUAUAAAAUACAUGAAAAGGUUGACGCAGCAGUCGGUGGAAUCAGUUUGGAAUAUGGCAUUUGACUUUAUUCUUGACAAUGUUCAGGUGGUUUUACAACAGACUUAUGGGAGCACAUUGAAAGUUACAUAGUGUGAGCAGGGAGCGCGGUGCUCUCGCUGCUGUGCCAUAAGUGCUUGUGAGGUAUCUACAAAGUGCAUGGUAGUAAUGCUCUGAGUUUUCAUAAUUUCAAAUUUCUUUUUGAGCAAGUGUUUUGUACAUUUCUUUUCAAAAAGUGCCAAAUUUGUCAGUAUUGCAUGUAAAUAAAUGUGUUCUUUUACUGUAGUAUAGAUUCUAUUUACAAAAUGUUUGUUUAUAAAGUUUUAUGGAUUUUUACAGUGAAGUGUUUACAGUUGUUUAAUAAAGAACUGUAUGUAUAUUUUGUA